AUGUCUUCAGAAGUGGAGGAAACACUGAAGAGGAUUCAAGGACAUAAAGGUGUGAUGGGAGUGAUUGUGAUAAAUUCAGAGGGGAUACCCAUCAAGACCACCAUGGACAAUGCGCAGACAGUACAAUAUGCAGCCCUCAUUGGACAGUUGACAGAAAAGGCACGCAGCACUGUCCGAGACUUGGAUCCAACAAACGAGCUCACAUUUUUCAGGGUCCGCUCAAAGAAGCACGAGAUCAUGGUUGCUCCAGACAAGGAAUACAUGCUUAUUGUUGUCCAAAACCCAAAUGAAGCUGCAGCCCUGUAA